GCCGUCGUCGAUCGGUCGGCAGUUCGCACAGAGUCCACUCCGUGGUGAAUGUGAAUAAGGUUCCGUUUUCAUUUCAUACGCCGUCUCUAGUGUUAUAUUUUUUUUAUAACCAUUAUCGCUUGUUUUGUGAGACGGCAUUCGAUUUUAUCGUCAUCCGACUUCUGCAAACCACACAAUAUGUCUAGAAGAACCGAUUUGGAUCUGAGCGAUGAUCAAAGAUUCGCUUUGAUGAAGUUGCGAAGAAGCGUUGCAGACUUAAAGUUGGAUGAUAAAUACGACGACUGCUUUUUACUAAGAUGGCUUGAAGCUCGAAACUUUGAUCCAAAAGAAGCAGAAGACAUGUUGAGAACAUCAAUGAAAUGGCGGGAAGAGUGGUCAAUUAACAAGGACGAUGGCUGGCAGCCACCCCAAGUGCUGGUCGACUACAUGCCGAGUGGUAUCAGCGGCUUCGACAAGGAAGGAUCGCCGGUUGUUGUGCUUCCGUUCGCCGGGUUCGACGUGUGUGGCCUGCUUAAGUCAGCACCGCCAAAAGACAUGGUCAGGUUUUUAGCACAAAAGCUAGACUCGUACUUAGAAGUGGCUAGGCAAUCGUCGCUGAAGCACGGUCCAAAAGCAUCGCAAGUGUGCUGCAUUGUCGACCUGACCGACUUUAACCUAAGACAAUUCACUUGGAAACCAGCGGCCGAAAUGAUAAUCAACUUGUUGCAAAUGUACGAGGCCAAUUACCCAGAAAUAUUGAAGGCAUGUCACGCGAUUAAUGCUCCCAAAGUGUUCACUUUUGCAUUCAACAUACUUAAAAACAUACUGACCGGCAACACAAUGAACAAAUUCAUAAUAUAUAAAGCAGACCCGAGUAAGUGGAAACCUGCGUUGGCCAGCGCCAUCGACAGCGACCAGUACCCAGCGUUUUUGGGCGGCGAUCUGAGGGAUCCUGAUGGCGACCCUAGAUACAUCACAAAGAUAAAUCAAGGCGGAAAAGUACCAAAGGAAUUAUACUCAAAAAAUGACAAAAAACUUACAAAUUCUGAUGACAUGACAUUAGUGAAUAUAAAAAAAGGCGAUAAGUUAUACAUAAAACAUACAGUUACUGUACCACAAAGUUUUCUAAGGUGGCAGUUCAAAACAGAGGGACAUGAUAUCAAAUUUGGUAUAUUAGCAACAGAUUCAGAAAAUAUACAAACAGUAGUGAUGCCGAUAAAGAAAGUCGCAUGCCACGAGUUUGAAGAAAUUGGAGUCAUCAAAUGCAAGCAUCCUGGAGAAUAUACGGUAGUAUUUGACAACAGCUACAGUUUCAUACGUGGCAAAAAACUCGCAUACAACAUUCGAAUCACAUUGCCUGUAAAAGAAAAAACCAUCGGUACGAUCGAUCAGAUGGUGAAUAUGGAAGAAUAAGUUACAUAAGAUCGGUGUAAAAUUAUAAUAGCAUUUAAUGACUAAUAAUAACCGUAAUUAUAAUUGUAUUAUACAAUACAUCUAUCGGAACCGUUAGAAAUUCAAAUCAAAUUAUAUAAUAUACUUUUAUAUAAAUAUAACUGAUAUUUUAAUUGUUUAGGUACCUAUACUAAUGUAUAGUAAUGGCCAAUACUCACUCAUUCUAUGCCUGGUAUAAACUUAUAAAUAUAAAAUAAAUUCAUGUUUGUCAUUCUAUGCCAUACAUUUAACAACGUAGGUCAUUAAGCAGUAUAAUAGGAUCAAUAAAAUAGUCGUGGUGCUAACAAAUGAUAAUAAACACGAUUAUUGAAAUUUGAUCAAAUUAUAACUAGGAGUCCACACUUUGCACGUCUUCUCGUACAUCCGUAAAUCAAAAUUUUUAUAAUUUUUUAGAUAUGUUUUAAUUUUUUUUUAUUCUAAUAGAAAAUAGGCAUACAAACUCGAGAAUAAUUUGUGUAUGUUUUAAAGUACAAUAAUAAUUAAAGCGUCUAACAAUAUAAAGUAUAACUCAUAACAUUUUCAAAAGAUGUGUUAAUAUAUUUUUUUAAAUACCAAAAUGUUAUGGAUAAUUAUUGUUGUCCUUCAAUCAAAAACUAGUUGAAAUAAUUUGUUGUAUGUAUAUUAUAUUAAUAUGUUAUACAUAAUCAGAUAGGUAUAUUAUUCAUGAUAACUAUAAAACCAAAACAAAAGAUCCCUUAAAAUACCAUAAUGAUAUAGAUAUAAGUGAUACCUAAGUUUCUAAUCUAGAUAAUGUAUCUAGGAGCUUUCUAUGAACUUUAGUAUUAAUUAUAAAUAAUUACCAUUUUGUUAAUGAUGUAAGUAUAAUGUUGUUGAAAUUAUUUUUCUAAAAUGUAUAUUCUGUUUUUUUUUUUUUUUGAGAAUUGUGUUAUUAAA